CCUUCUUUAGAGGAAUUAGACAAAUCCAUUUCUGAAUAAAUUUUUUUUUUGGGUUCGGAUAUAAUAUUUGCCCUGUCGUCCCCCAGUGUUAUGAUCCUGUCACUUGGAAAAAGGGUGGAAAUGGCAUUUAUAAGAAAUAUAAAGCCUGGGAUUUUUUUUCAUGGCGCUGUUACAAAUUCACUCCAUAUUUUUUCCCACUGGAAAGGUAUAUAAAAUCAUUACUGGUUUUCUUUUUUGAAUUAGUUGUUAUACACUUUUUUUCUUUUCUCUAAAACAUCAUGGUCAUUUAUCGCUCUACAGUUCCUUCAGUGCCUAUUCCAAACAUUGAUUUGUUUUCAUUCAUCUUGGGUUCAAAUGAAUACAAUCAAACAAAAGACCUAAACACACCUUUUGCUAUCGAAGGCGAGACAGGUAAAUCACUUUCCUGGAACGAUAUUCGCGAACAAUCUUCACUUCUUGCUACGGGUUGGACACAGAACGUUGGAUUAAAGCAAGGCGAUAUUGUCGCUGUAUUUGCUCCUAAUCAAUUGGAUCAUUCCGUAUUAUAUCUUUCAUUGCUUGGUGCCAAAUGUACCAUCUCUCCUGGUAAUCCUGCCUACACUGAAGCUGAAUUUGAACAUCAAAUUGCCAAUUCUCAAUCUACUGCUCUUGUUACGGUGCCUGGAUUAUUACCUGUCAUUUUGAAGAUUACAGAUAAAUUAGGCUUUCCUCGUUCUCGUAUCUUCUUGUUUGGCGAUAAACAAGUGGACGGAUGUAGACCCUUCAAUUCUAUUAAGGGUAAUGUCAUGGUUCAAUAUCCUUUACAAGGCGUGGAUGGGUACAAUGAUACGGCUUUUCUCUCUUAUAGCAGUGGCACCACCGGGCUUGCCAAGGGUGUGAUGUUAACACACAAGAACUUUAUUGCACAGAUUUUGCAGACGGUGCAAGCAGAACCCAAGGAUGAGGAACCUGUCCAUGAUGUCAUCUUGGGUUUCCUUCCCUUUUAUCAUAUUUACGGUCUAACCAGUUUAAUCUUUAACGCUUAUUACAAGGUGACACCUGUCGUAAUUAUGGCGCGUUAUGAUCUUGAAUUGUUAUGUCAGUUGGUUGAAAAACACAAGGUGACAAUGGCUAGUAUUGUACCCCCUGUUGCUGUACAUUUGGCUAAAUCUCCUAUUGCUGCAAAAUAUGAUAUGUCGUCCAUUCGUCUUUUGGGCUGUGGUGCUGCUCCCUUGAGUAAAGAACAUAUCGAAUCAUUGGCUAAACGUAUACCUGCCAAAUUAGUUCAAGGUUACGGUAUGACAGAAACUACAUCUGGUGUCAUUUCUCAAGGCUUGCAAGGUGGUGUCGCAGGAUCCAUCGGUAUUCUUUCUCCCAAUAUUGAAUGUAAGAUUGUAAAUGAACACGGUAAAGAAUUAGGGGACGAUGAGGAAGGUGAAUUUUUGUUCCGUGGUCCCAGUAUCAUGAAGGGAUAUUUCAAUAAUGACAAGGCCAAUGCAGAGACAUUUACCUUGGAUGGUUGGAUGCGUACAGGUGAUGUAGGCAAAUUUGAUACCAAGUCAGGCGAGUUCUUUAUCUUGGACCGUAUCAAGGAAUUAAUCAAGUACAAGGGAUUUCAAGUGGCACCCGCUGAAUUAGAGGCUAUCUUGAUGGGACUUGAUAUUGUGGCUGAUUGCUGUGUUGUGGGAUUAUAUGACGAAUCUCAAGCAACAGAAAUUCCUCGUGCUUAUGUGGUGCUUCAACCCACAGUGGAAGCUACUGCAAAGACCGCCAAAUUAAUUGAUGCCUAUGUGACGAAAAAUGUCACCAACCACAAGAAACUUCGUGGCGGUGUCAAAUUUGUUUCUGAAAUUCCCAAGAGUCCCUCUGGAAAAAUCUUGAGACGUCAAGUCAAGGAUUGGCUCAAGGAAGAACAAAAGGAGAUGACCAUUAGAUCUCGCUUGUAAAAAAAAUAUGUAUGCAUGUAUACCUUCUUUUAAUAAAUAUAUUUUUGACAAUCUGU